AUGAGAAACGGGACAACUGUCCAGGAAUUUAUCCUGGAGGGAUUUCCUGCUGUCCAGCACCUGGGCAGGCUUCUCUUCUCACUGAACCUGCUGGCAUACCUGACCUCCAUCACCGGAAAUGUCGUCAUUGUCUCCAUUGUCUGCACCAGUGCCCAUCUGAAAAGCCCCAUGUACUUUUUCCUCGGUGUUUUCUCCUUCGCGGAGUCUUGUUUUACGAGUGCAGUUAUUCCCAAAUUGUUGGCUAUCUUUCUUUUAGGGAAACAAACAAUUUCCUUUGUUGCCUGUUUCAUGCAAGCCUUCGUCACUCUAUUUAUCGGGGCAUUUGGUUUUCUUCUUAUAGCUGUGAUGUCAGUGGACAGGUGUGUAGCUAUUUGCAAGCCUCUGCAUUAUCCCACCAUCAUGGACCUGAGGACCUGCGUCCUCCUCAUCAUGGCCAGCCUUGCUGUGACCUUCACCCUGAUCACGUGGCUAGUAGUGAAGGUUUCUCAGUUAUCCUUCUGCGGCCCCCGCCUCAUCCCACACUUCUUCUGUGACCUCAGCCCUCUGAUCCACCUCUCCUGUUCUGACACCAGAUCUGCUGAAGCUCUGACAUUUGCCCUUGCUUUGAUUAUCCUUCUCUCGUCUCUCAUCAUAACCACCAUCGCAUACAGCAACAUAGUAAUCACAAUAGUGCGUCUCCCAUCCGCCAAGGAGAGACAGAAAGCUUUCUCCACCUGCUCAUCCCACCUCAUGGUCCUCUCUCUGAUGUACGGCAGCUGUGUAUUUAUAUAUGUGAAACCAAGGCAAACCAGCAGGCUUGAAUCCAACAGAGAGGCUGCUCUCGUAAACACGGUAUUCACACCGCUUCUGAAUCCUGUCAUCUACACCCUGCGCAAUAAGCAGGUUCACCAGGCUCUGAGGGAGAGACUGUCUAGAAUAAAAUUAUCAGGGUAG